AUGAUGCUCCGGCUAGCAACCGAGGCCGACCUGGAGGCCAUGACUGCGGUCCUUGUUUGGGCUUCUCCGCUCGAUCCGGUUUAUCCUUAUCGGUUCCCGGACCGCGAACUCUAUCCGGACGAGUUUGCCGCCCUCUGCCGGCGGAAAUGCGCCGAGUAUCUGGAAACCAGCACAGUUGUCGUCUGCGAGAUGCCAGUCGACCCAUACCGCUCAGAAACGCAGGUCGUGGCCUUCAGCGCAUGGGAUAUGCCUUCGGCCGCGCAGCCGGAGCGUUCCCGGCGGGCAAGCGCAGUUGGCAACCUCACCCGACAAUCCGCCUUCCGCACCGCUCUCGCUCACCACAAGUCCACCCUCUUCGACUCGCGCUACCGCCCGCAAGGCGGCCACGUCUUCCUCAAGAUCCUCCUCUGCCACCCGUCUUACCAGCGCCGCGGUGCAGGCACCGCGCUGACCUCUUGGGGCAUCGAGCAGGCGCGGCGGUUGGGGGUGCAUACCACCGUGUUUGCCAGCCCCAUGGGGCUCAGGCUGUACAAGAAAUUGGGCUUCCGGGAGGUCGGGACCUUCAGGGUGCAACCCGAGGGGGACCGUGAAUAUCUCGAGAUUCCAGCGCUGGCGCUGGGGCCGGGGUAUGUGGGGGGCAUGCGGGAGGCGGCGUGGUUUGGUGGGGGCGGGGUACCCCAUCUAGAGUCAGUCUGUGCGUGA